GUACAAAUAUAGUGUUCUUGUUUUGACAUUCAUCACAUAUGCUGCUUACCAUGCAUCUCGAAAACCCAUAAGUGUUGUUAAAAUUGUCUUAUAUCAAAACUGUUCUGAAGCUACUACUCCUGCUCCUAUUAAUAACACAGAUCCUGAUUGGUGUAACUGGGCACCAUUUAAUGCUAAAAACCACAGUGCUUUGUUUGGAACAUUGGAUUCUGCAUUCCUUUUUGCCUAUGCAAUAGCAAUGUUUUUUAGUGGUAUAAUUGCGGAACGUGUCAACAUACGAAUUUUCCUAACAAUUGGAAUGCUUUUAUCUGGUACAGCUUGCUCAAUGUUUGGAUUAGCUCAUUAUUACAAUAUACAUUCCAUGUGGUAUUUUAUUGGAGUUCAGAUAUUUGGUGGUAUUUGUCAAACUACUGGAUGGCCGGGUGUUGUAACUGCAAUGGGCAAUUGGUUUGGCAAAGGAAACCGAGGUUUUAUAUUUGGUAUUUGGAACUCUCACACAUCAAUUGGAAAUAUCAUUGGUACUUUACUUGCCAGUUUGUAUGUUGAAUCAAACUGGGGAUUAUCAUUUAUUGUUCCUGGAAUUUUCAUAAUUGCUUCUGGAAUUCUAAAUUAUUUGUUUCUUGUGGUCCAUCCAUCUGAUAUAAAUAGUGAUUCUCACUUGAAUGAAAAAGUCCAGAAUGGUUGCAAGGCCUCAGAGAGAAAUGGAAUACGAAGACAAUCUCCGCAUCGUGACUAUAACAUACCAGAAGAAAAUGAAAUUUUGAAGGGCAGUUCAGAAGAGGGUGUAAUCGAAUUCUCUAUGUGUUUAUUCUUUGCAAAACUAGUCAGUUACACUUUCCUAUAUUGGUUACCAAAUUAUAUUAAGUAUUCUUCUACAUAUAGCCCUUCACAGAGUGCAGAUUUGUCAACAUUGUUUGAUGUUGGUGGUAUUUUUGGUGGAAUUGCUGCUGGAAUAUUCAGUGAUAUGUUUGGAAAAAGUGCAUGUACAUGUGCAGUUAUGUUGUUUUUGGCCAUUCCAUCUUUAUAUGCCUACAAUUUGCUGUCAUCGGUCAGUUUAAUUGUGAACAUUGCCUUGUUAGUGGUUGCUGGUGGACUGGUUAAUGGACCAUACGCAUUGAUUACUACUGCAGUAUCUGCUGAACUAGGAACACAUAGCUCUUUAAAAGGAAAUUCCAAAGCAUUAUCUACUGUUACAUCUAUAAUUGAUGGCACUGGAUCAAUAGGGGCAGCUGUUGGACCUCUUCUAGCUGCUUAUAUAUCCAACCUAUUUGGUUGGACAAGUGUUUUUUAUAUGCUUAUGGGUUCCAAUGUACUUGCAAUAUUGGUAAGUUUUUAAAAUUAUUUUUUAAAG